GUGUGCGUGUGUGUGUGUGUGUUUAACCAGCUCUUGUUCUGUGUUGUUCAGGGUCCGGCGGGACUGAUAGGAAUAACCGGAGUUAGCGGACAACCUGGAGAAAAGGGUGAUCGAGGUCCUCCUGGUCCUUUGGGUCCUCCAGGAGAGAAAGGUUCAACAGGGUAUCCGGGUCUUCCAGGAGGUCCUGGGGGAUUUCGGCCCGCAAGGUUCACCAGGUCCACAAGGGCCGAGAGGAGCAGCAGGCAUUUCCGGGCCGAAAGGAAGAAGGGGCCCCAGGGGACCUGACGGCCCUCCAGGAGAGCCGGGCCCUGAGGGGGUAAAGGGUGAAAAGGGAUUGGCAGGGAAGAACGGAGCUCCUGGAUUCAUCGGUAAAGCUGGAGCUCCAGGGAAGAGAGGAGCAGCAGGAGCGCCUGGUAAAGCAGGUCCUCCCGGGAGCACAGGUGAAAGAGGUGGUCCAGGUGAACCUGGCUCCAGAGGCCCUCCGGGGGACCCGGGACCAGAUGGAGAGCAAGGUCAUGAGGGACCUCAAGGACCUGAAGGAGAGCAGGGGCCUGUGGGUGAACCUGGAAUCAAGGGUGAAAUGGGGCCUGUCGGAGAGGAGGGUGAUGUGGGCCAACCGGGCAUCAGAGGUCCUCCAGGGCCAUCUGGAGAGGACGGGCAUCAAGGGAAGGACGGACCAAAGGGUGAGCCAGGCAAUCAUGGACCAAUGGGAGAAGCCGGAGAAAGAGGCGAGAUUGGUGACUUUGGCCCAAUAGGACCUCCUGGAGAUUUUGGGAAAAAGGGCUUCCCGGGACCUGAGGGCAAACAGGGUCUGCCGGGUAACCGAGGACGUCCAGGAAAAAAAGGUGAAAAAGGGCCACCAGGUCACUUGGGAGAAAUGGGUUCAUCUGGCGAAAUCGGACAGACGGGGGAGAGAGGACUCAAAGGUGCUCGUGGGACCAGAGGACCUGCAGGUCGACCAGGAGCUAUGGGACCUCAGGGAGAACCAGGACUUCAAGGUUUCACAGGUCACACUGGUAAGCAAGGUCCAGCAGGCCCCCCGGGACCAAAGGGAGAAAAGGGUUACCCAGGAGAAGACAGUAAAAUGGCAGGACCGCCCGGGCCCUUAGGUGAACCAGGCGCUCCAGGAGAGAAGGGUGAACGUGGGGAACCAGGAGAUGAAGGAUAUCAGGGUCAUGCUGGUGUCACAGGUGCCCGUGGAGCGAUCGGUCAGCAGGGAUCUCCUGGAUCUCCCGGGCUUCCUGGUGAAGAAGGACCCACAGGCGAGAAGGGAGUUCAGGGACUCGUUGGGAAGAAAGGAUCCCAAGGUCCUGCCGGAGCUCCAGGUCCUGAAGGUCCGGUCGGUUUGCCGGGGCCCAGAGGGACAGAUGGGUAUCCGGGCUCCGAUGGUCUUCCUGGUCUUCCUGGUUUACCGGGUCUGCCUGGAUCCAAAGGCCGAGCAGGUCAGCGCGGUGACGCCGGUCUGGAGGGAGGGGCAGGACUUCCUGGUCCGCGGGGCGAGCUCGGACUUCCUGGAGCCAUCGGAGAGAGAGGGCCAGCGGGGUCAAAGGGUGAGAUGGGUUUGGCGGGUGACAGAGGACCGGGGGGUGCUAAAGGCAUGGAGGGGGCAACGGGAGACCAGGGCAUGAAAGGAGAGCAAGGUGCCAAAGGAGAACCAGGUGAGGUGGGAGACGCAGGCAUGCUGGGACUCCAGGGCUUUCCGGGACCCAAGGGUCCAGAUGGAGAUUUGGGGUUCGCCGGUAUUCCCGGACUCAAAGGAGCGAUGGGAAUUCUGGGUGUCUCUGGUCCUGUAGGUCCGCUGGGAACGAUCGGUCCGGUUGGGAAGCCUGGUAACAGAGGAGCCAAAGGAAGCCGUGGAGAGAUGGGGCCUCAGGGGCCACAGGGCACUCCAGGGCCACAGGGGCCUCCAGGUUCCCCCGGCCCGUCGAUACGCAUUAAUACGGACGUCCACGCGCUGAUGGAGUCCGAUGCACAUCUAGAGCUGGAGAGUUAUCAGAGCUCAGACGCGUCUCUGUCGCAGCAGAGCGCUGAGAUCUUCAGGACGCUGCAGUAUCUGAGCAGCGUCAUCCACAGCAUGAAGACGCCGCUGGGAACCAGAGAAAACCCGGCCCGCUUCUGCAGAGACCUGCUGGACUGCACACACACCAUGAGCGACGGAUUGUUCUGGAUCGAUCCAAAUCUGGGCUGCACGUCUGACGCCAUCCAGGUGUUCUGUAACUUCACGGCAGGAGGACAGACGUGCUUGAACCCCGUUACGAAAGAUAAGGCUGUGUUUGAUGUGGGGAAGGUCCAGAUGAAGUUCUUACACUUACUGAGCGUCUCGGCGACCCAAACCGUUUCCCUCCACUGCUUCAGCGACCCGGCGACCGUUGCCGUGGAAAAGCCUCGGGCCCUGCGUUUCCGGGGCUGGAACGGCCAGGUGUUCGAAGAAAACUCGCCUCGGGGUCCACAUGUGAUACAGGACGACUGCGAGAUCCGUGAUGGCAGCUGGCAUCUGUCACGAUUCCUGUUUCAAAGCCAAGGCACUCAGCAGCUUCCCAUCGUGGACAUUCAAGGUGUCCAUCCCUCGCGUCCAGGAGACCAGCGGCACGUGGAAGUGGGCCCUGUUUGCUUCCUGUGAAAUCACAGAAGGACUUGAAACGGUCCUGAUGCUUAAAUCAGACCAGCAGUGAACAAACCCCACCGAAGACCAAGUUCGUCUCCAACCCGAGUGUUUUGAAAGACUGCUGUUGUGUGUUAUCUGGUGCGGAUUUGACCUUUUCAAACAUGCACAGAGUCUCGGGUAAAGUCCCUGCAGAUUGUGUGGUUGAUGUUUGUUAGCAAACCAUGAAAAGGCCGACCUGGACUCUUUAGACGGUGCUCUACCUCCUUCACGUACAGGUGCUCGCGUUCAGGUGCAUCCAACCCGAAACAAACUCUACGCAAGGACACAAAUGCAAACUCCGUUUGGUGAUCAUUGUGUUUUAGAGAUUUGUCCCGACAGUCAGUUUUUCUUUUAAAUCAAGCUGGAGGUGCAGUUUAAAGGCCACCUUUAGAUAAAGUUAGAGUAGUUAAUCCAUAGACAAUUUUUGUUUUUGGAUAGAAACACCAAUAAGUGCAUAAAAUCGUAAAAAAAUGGGGCUUCGUGUGUAUCAUGUGUGUGUGUGUGUGUGUGUGUGUGUGUGUGU